AUGUUCGCCGUCCUCCCCAGCACGCCUAUGACCUUCGGCGCCGGCGCCGGCGGCAACAACACCGCCCACCAGGGUCCCGCACAAGCAGCACACGCAGCAUCCUCCCCGACGGGCCCGUCGUCAUACUUCUACCGCCCCGCCAUAUCGUCGCCCUUGUCCUCGUCGCCCAUCCGCGCCUCCUCGGCCUCGCCGCCGCACAGCUCCAUGCGCGACAUCCAGUCGUCGCCCAUCCCCGCCCAGCCCAAGUUCAAGUACGCGUCGCGGCCCGCGCGGCCCAACCCCGUCGUGCAGAGGCGCGAGGUGGCGCAGGAGAGCCGGCGCAAGCUGUUCCUCAAGAACGUGCGGCAGCGCGCCGAGGACCAGCGGUGGGAGAGGCGGGGCGGCGACCAAGAGCUCUUCAAACUCGAGUGGUUCUCUCUCAAGCGGGACUUCCAGACGCGCAAGGAGACCGACAUUGACGGCUUUGUCUCGGAGGCGGAGAUUGAGGACGCCGCGUGGUUGAUAGCAGGGAACCCGAUGCCGCAGGAGGAAGCUCGCGGUGGCUCGGACGAGAUGAUGGUUGAUGCUAUCGCCCAGGAGGAGGCAGCCGAGCUCGAAGCCUUGAUCUCGUCCAUGGAGCAAGACCAGUCACAGAAUGAAAGGACGCCGCCGAGGUCACCGCAGCUGUCCGAUGACGAGGACUACGAUGCGAUCUUUGAGGAACUGCUGUCUCGGGGUCAAGAGCUCAGGGUAGAUUCUUCUGGUGACACUGAGAUGUCGUGA